AUGUCCACCGGAAAAGAAACAAAACCAGCCCGGCCUCGCGCCCCAAGAUCAUGCAUUCAAUGCGGUCGCAGGAAGGUGGGGUGUGACAAGGGUCGACCAGCGUGUGGCAGAUGCCUACGCGCUGGCACUUGCUGCACUUACGCUGAUGCCGCCUCGCCAGCGUCGUGUUAUCCACCGAUGGCAGCAAGCGAGAACACAUCGCUUGCUUCACGAGCGAGCAGACUGUAUGAUCUCACACAAGCUGCAGCGACGUCGGCGCCAAUACAGGCCCGCAUUGCUCCAACCAGCGCUGCUCGCGACAACCUUCCCGGCACACCGUAUCCAACUCCAUUGAUGCCUGCGGGAGCAGCACCCGUAAUACCAACCUCGCUACCAACCUCGCUACCAACACCCAGAGAGUCAGUCACCCCCAGUAGAGACACUGGACACCUGUACGUUGGACCUCACACCAAGGGCCACUACAUCUCCAGCGCACAUUUUGCCCUCAUCAGUCAGGAAGUUGCAGCCAUCAAUGAUCUACUUCGAGAUCAGCGGGGCUACACUCGAGAGACAACUGCAGUAUCAAUGGGUCAGAAGUUUCCCGUUUCCCCACCACAAUCGGAUAUCGCGUUCGAUUCCGCCAACUCUUCGUACAGUACAACCCCUUCCGAGCGUCCAGAGAGAGACCUGUACGGCGAUCUUUUCCCCAAUGUCCCAGCAUGGACGCCCCAAGACAACACCCUCCUCACAUCUCAAGCACCCUCGAUCGAUGAGAUUUUGGCCGGUUUGCCAUCGAAAGAGCAGAGCGAGGUGCUGAUAUGGUCUUAUAUGGGCGGCUACCAUGCAAAGAGAUCACUGUUCCACGGACCAACAUUCAUCGUCCAGGUCCGAAAGUUUCAAAGAUGGCGAGUCUUGUCCGCGAGAUCCGYGAUGCCGGCUGACGCGAAACAGGGUAGAGACGCGGGAUACGAACUACAUCCUCAGUGUGCACUUCCUCUCUCUCUUGACGGCUGUUCUUUUCGCCGGCUCAGUGGUUUGCCCUAG